ACGUGUGUUGUUGUUUCUCAUCGCAAUGGCCAAAGACGUCGACGUGGCUGCUUCAAAAAAUGAAGUAUUUAGAAGAAUUCACAUGUGGGAACAGCCCGAAAACUCGCUGGCACCAUUAACACCGAAGCAGCGAAAUGUCUGCCUUGAUCUCUCCGAGAAAGUUACCUCAAGACCAAUCCCCAAAGAGCUAUCUCUCAAUGUAUCACAAGAAAGUGAAGAAAAAGCGAUUGGUCAUGAAGAUGAACUAGUGUUAAAUGGAGCCAAAAUGCAAACUGCAGAGGAGUUAAUGCUAUGGUGCAUAUCUAUGGAGGAUGAACUUCUCAAAGAUAGUGAUGUGGCUUACAGUUCAAAUCUAGAAAAACUGAAGGAGCAGCAAGGAGUUUGUUCAGACUUACUAGAUAAGAUCGGAACUUCUCUGGGCCAUUUGAAAUCAUUGAAGUCCGAGUAUGAUGCUGUUUCCAGUUGCACUAAUGCGCUUCAUGAUGCUUGUCAACAACUGCUAACUCAACAGACUAAACUAAGCGAAACAGCAGAAGCUAUUGGAGAACAACUCCGUAGAUUCAAAACUGUUGAUAGUAUCACCCAGCAACUAGAUGCCCCAACAUUAUCAAUUUACAGCGAAUCUUUCAUUUCAAUGCUUGACCACCUAGAUCAGACUCUCAUCUACCUAAAAGAACAUCCAAACUAUAAGGAUAGCAAUACGUAUCUCGUACGAGUAGAGCACUGCCUGAAUAAAGCAACUGAGCUGAUUCGAUUGAGAGUGACUACUGUAUUAAGUACAACAACUGAGCAAGUGAAAAACGUUCAAGAUACUGCCACCCAUUUCACCCGAUUUCAAGCAGUUGCCAUUCGACUCAAGCCUGUCAUGUAUCAACUUGAAAAAAGGCGCCAUAUCAGUCACUUGUACGAGUCAGUUUUGGAUGCCUGCAUCCAUAGUCUUGUAACAGAACGAGAAUCACUUCUGAAUUUAUCAGUGAAGGAAGCCAUGAGAGAACUAUCACAACAAAGUAUGGGCGACUACUGUGCUUUGAUGCGGUCUGCCUGCACAUUGCUCAUCCACAUCUCUGCCGAUGAACAUCGGCUGUACAGUCAGUUUUUCAGCGAACCAUCUCAGAUUUUCACGGAUUACAUGCAGAGACUAUGCAUGAAUCUAUACGAUACUAUGAGGCCAUUCGUUAUUCAUAUGAAGUAUUUGGAAACUCUGGCGGAGCUCUGUUCCAUUUUACGUUCUGAGAUGUUACAAGAACAUGUCCAAAAUCAACCCUAUGCCCUGGAAGCCUUCGGUAACGUAGUGGAGCAGCUGUUGAGAGAUAUUCAAGAGCGCUUAGUGUUCAGAGCCCAUCUUUAUUUCAAAACUGAUAUUGAGCAAUAUCAUCCCUCGCCAGGAGAUUUAGCGUACCCUGACAAGUUGGAGCUGAUGGAGAGCAUAGCCCAAGAAAUCAGUGCCCAUGAAACUGCGAGUCUGAGUAGGGCAGAGUCUCAUAGUUCACUAGUCAGUGUGGGGUCUUUGACAUCGCAAGAGGUUGCCCGAAUAAAUGGAGGCAAAAGUUACAUUCGACCACCCUCAACUGGUUCUCCUGCAGACCUGCAUGGAAUGUGGUACCCGCCAGUUCGCAGAACGUUAGUAUGUUUGUCACGGCUGUAUCGAUGUGUUGAGAAGUCCAUCUUUCAAGGCCUUUCUCAGGAAGCAAUCAAUGCCUGCAUAAAGAAUGUCAGUGAAGCUUCUAAAAUGAUCACCGCAAAUAAGACUCCGAUUGAUGGAGAAUUGUUCCAAAUUAAGCAUCUUUUAAUUCUGCGGGAGCAACUUGCCCCUUUUCAAGUUGACUUUACCGUCAAAGAAAUGAGCCUUGACUUCAGCAAAAUGAAAUCAGCAGCACUAGGAUUGUUAGAGCGCAAAGCCAAAUUACUUUCUCUGGAUAGCAGCAACGCAUUAUUUGCUUUCUUGUUGGAAGGAACCCCUCUGGUAAGAGAGAGCAAUCUUGAUGCCCGGAAGGAAGUCGAUAAACAGUUGAAGGCGUCUUGUGAAUCAUUCAUCUCCCAUGCUACAGAUCAACUUGUGGGCCCUCUGCUAUUAUUACUUGAUUCGGCACAGAAAUACUUAAAGGAUCCAGGACCAGGGAUGGAAAAAGCUUUGUCAAAGCAGCCAUUUGCAGCCCCGAAUAUAAUAUCUCAAACCGUCCAAAACGUUCUAAGGAAUACCAAAGCUCAAUUACCUUCUCUUCAAAGGAGUAUGUCUUUGUACCUAGCUAACCCUGACACUCAAUUCAUUCUGUAUAGACCCAUCAAGAACAAUGUCAUCGGAACUUUUUCAAAACUUUCACAACUUCUUUUGAACAACGACUAUUCUGAGGAUGAUCGCCUCCUAAUAGGAUGUCCUUCAGCAGAACAAGUCUCUGUGCUGCUUUCCUCUGCUGCUUUAACGCAUCGAAAAAUCAGCACUGCUUCCGAUUCUGGCGCCAGACGAAUCGAAGACUGGCACCGCGGAAGAAAAAUCAGCUUUGAGAACGGUAAUGUUUCUAAUUUAGAUGUAAGUAGAACCGAAAGACUCUCUGAGCAAGAUGAAAGUCAGUUGGACAAAGAAUCAACUGUCACCAGCACAGAAACAGAAAACAAUCUUGUAAAUAGCUCUAGCAAAAGUAAUCCUGAUAGUCAAACUAAAGUGAAUUUAGUGGAUGAAAAGUCAAAAGAGGAAUCUUAGCAUUUAUUGUGUGAUGGGCAGUUUUCUGCCUCCCCCAGAGAAAAAUUGUUAACAACACCAAAGCUGGCCCUUCCCAUUGUAGUGUUAUUUUUCUGUUAAAUUUAUUAGGUUUUGAAGUUUAUUAUUUUGCUUUGUGAUCACCCAGGAAUCUAAGUUUCCUGGAAAAGUUAAAAACAGCAAAUGGAAUUUUCCAGGUAAUAUCUUAAGAGUUUUUCUAUUUGCUUUUUGAAUUGUAAGUGGACAUUGUCUAAGUGUGCAUCUAUUCAACGUUAAAGCAGUCAAGUGCAUAAAAGUUCCUUUGUAAACUAGAUUUCAUCUAGAAAUUCCUGAAAAUAGAGCAGUUCUCCUAUCCUUGAUCUCGCGCUCACUCCUAAAAUCAGCCAGAGAUGCUAAUUUCUUUCUAAAAAAUGGAAGAAAAAAACGUUUUAAGUGUAUCCAGACAUCACUAAAUAUUGUAACUUUAGCCGUGAAAAGUUAAAAGGUUCUACUUUGGAGGAAGAUGAGCUUGGAAUAUGAUUUGAUGCAGUCCAACUUCCUUCAACAGCUGAAGAGGGAUUAAUUUUUUGUUUUUUACCAAACUCAAAACCGCUUCAACUUGAAAAUCUCGAAGGAAAAAGAAGGUCCUGUAUUAUAAAUAGCUCAACCCAGAUUUUAACAUAAUUUUAAAAGCUUUCAUUUGACCUCUAUUUUAACUACAGUUCAAAAUAAAUGUUUGAAUCAUUUUUGUCAUGAUUGAUUUAAAGAAAAAGAUAGGAGUCAUUCUUGUUGGACGAGACAAUCUUGCCAAGAAAUAGGGUUCCAUAACAAAGUUUUAAGGAAGGGUCAAAAUAAGUACUUUAAAUUAAAUAAAAAGGGAAAAUUGAAUAAUUUUUUAGAAAUCCUCAGUCUGAUUAAAGUCCAUUGAAGAAACGUUUUGGUCAAAUUCGAAAAGAAAUCUAUUCUAGGUUAUAUAAUCAUAAAAGUGCAUAGUUUUUUUUUUUUUUUAAAGUAGUUAUAUUUUUAGCUUGUGUAUUAAAAAGAAGAGAGGAGAAAUAUGAUUACAACAUUACGCAUAAUAUUGAUGAUUUUUUAUUGUAUGCAAAUUAGUAACAAGGAAGGUUGAACUAAUAAUUUCCUCUCUCAAUUCCAGAAGCAUAGUCGAUUUAUCCUACAAUGAAUUGUAAGAGAUGGUACUAUUAUACACUGCAUUUUAAUAAGUUCUUCUACCGGUGUUAUCAUCUUUUAUAGGUUGAUAAUGUUUUAAAUCUUAGAAUAUCCCCAGUCCCUCUUUGAAGAUGUAUAGUUCCUAACCUGUAGAAUUUUCCAAUUUUCAAACGAACUCAUUUGGAAGAGCAUAAAAUUCCUUCAUUGAUAGUCAGCAACUAGAUACGAGCUGUCAGCAUGUAUAAUAUAAGACAGAUAUCAACUGUUAAUUUAUCAUUUAUGUCUGUAUUUUAAAGAUUUCAAUUUCACUCGGUAGACAAAAAAUAAUAUCAUUUAUUAAUAUCAGCUGAGUUUGAAAUAUCUGAUAUCGAAUGGACUACAUUUUGCAAUUAGGAACUACAAUUUCAGGCUCAUCUGAAAACUUUGAGAGUACACGGUCAAGUUGUACCUACUAUCGAUCAAAUCAAAACACUAUUACAUAAUACAAAUUAAGUUCACAAAACUUGUUGUUUACCACAAUGACAAUGAAUAUUUUUUAUGCAAAUAUUUAAUAGAAUCUUUUAAUUUGAACCGCAAAAUCACUGACAGAUGUGAAAUAAUUCAGACAAAA